AUGAACACAUUAAAUCGCCAAAUUGCUGGAAAGCCGGGAAAAGAUUCAGCUGGCUGCACUGGAAGAUUAAAAGUUACGAAUUUUAUCAUAAAUCCUUCGAACAUUUUCAACAUAGUUGAAAAGAAACUCGCACAGUUUAAGUUGAGCGUAGCAGAAUCUAGUGGUUUUGUAUUUGUGUUAUUUGAAAUGAGUAACAAAGCAUCCGUUCGUGAUGUAGUAACUACAGCUUAUCAAGCUGAUCGUGACGAAGGUUCUGAUCUGCUUGAUUUGUUAGAGAAUUUGAACGCCGAGUCACGAAAAGCUACUCUGGAAACAAAAAUCAAAGAUGGAGACGACCUUGCCACUCCGCUCGUCAUCGCUGUUCGUGAUGGAAAACUAGAUUUUGUGAAGGUUCUUUUACGUUAUGAAGCAAACAUCGAGGCCCGUGCAACGAUUAAGAUUGACGGAGAAGCUAUAGAGGAUUGUACAGCUUUGUGGGUCGCUGCUGCUAAAGGUCAUUUUGAUGUUGUGAGACUCCUGAUCGAACAAAGCGCCGAAGUCGACGGCAGAACAUCGAACAAUUCGACCCCGUUGAGAGCUGCUGCCGUCGAUGGACAUCUUGAUAUUGUGCGCUGUUUGGUUGAGAACGGGGCCGAUGUAAAUGCACGCAAUAAUUUCAAUAGUACUCCUCUGAUGAUAACAUGUCACAGCGGCCACCUAGAUGUUGCAUCCUAUCUUGUCAAGCACGGCGCAAACAUAAAUCUACAAGACGACGAUGGACGCUCGUGUCUUCAUUAUGCUUCGAAACGGGGUCACGUUCAGGUAGUUUGCAAGUUGCUUGCUUUAGGAGCAAAACAAACACAGAAUCGUAACCGUUUAACACCACUUCUUGAAGCCAGUAAUGAUUGUAAAAUUGAAAUGGUGGAGUGGUUCAUCAACCGACCAGAAUGUUCAAAGGAACAGAGAAUUGACGCUCUUGAGCUUCUUGGAGCCACCAUUGCUAAUGAUCCUGAUGCUUAUGACAUUGAAAAAGCGUUUAGUUUCAUGGAGCGAGGAAUGGAGGAGAGGUAUGAGGAUCCGUCAUAUCCUUUGCUUAAAAAGAAAAUGGAACCAGUGAAGGCUUAUCAAAAUAGAACAGAGAGUCAAACUCUUGAGGAACUUUCUCGCUUAGACGGUGAUGAUCAUGCUAUCCAGAUAGAGGGACUCAUGAUAAGAGAGAGAAUCCUUGGAACUGACAAUACAUUACUAUGGUUCCCGAUAGGUUACCGAGGAGGUGUCCUAGCUGAUCUUAAGAAGUACGAACUCUGUGUUGGUUUGUGGACACGAGCGAUGGAGAUAACUAUGAAUUACAAUGUUUCAGAAACAGAGGAUCUUGAAAACCUCACAGAUCUAAUUGCAGAAAUGAUGCAGAAUGGUCACAGUUUGAGUCCACAAACUAUCGAGGAUAUUUUUGAAAAACUUAUCGAUGGAAAAAGGAAACUGUCCGAAAACUUAAAGCCUAGAGAAGUCGAAGAAGAGCACAAAAAUAAGGCGCAAGAGACAUUGCUUUUUAAUGCUCUAUAUCUCUUGGUGAUGUACACCAAAGUUCAAGUUUCCUUGGAAAUGAAAAAUGACAACAUGAUUGAGCUUCUUCAAAGAUUUCUGUGUUUAGAACCUCGCACCCGUGAAGGAAAUACGCUUUUACACUUGGCUGUAUGGUAUAAGACUCCUGUUCGUAAAGACGCUAAUUUGCGAGGUGUGUGUAAGCUUCCCUGUGUUGAGACCAUGAAGCUACUUUUACAUGCAGGGUGUGAUGUCAAUUCCAUUAACACCCAAGGAAACACUCCUCUUCAUUUAGCCGUUACUUUUGCACCAGGACCUGAACAAGUAGAAAUUUUGAAAGAAAUGCUGGAGUUGUUGUUAGAUCUCGGCGCAGAUACAAAGCUUAUUGACAAGAAUGGUCAAACAGUUAUAGACUGCUGCGAGACUGACGAAGCCCGAGGUAUCCUGUCUGCGAAAGGAGGACUGGGUGCCAUAAACAUGGAAACCAUAAAGAAUGAAGUAACUGGAAGUGGAGUCGGUGAAGGAAGAGGAGGAAGAUUUGUUCCUGGAAACGAAAAAGACCUGACUGAAAAUGUUAAAAGGGAAACUACAGAGAUAUCAGGACUAUUUAGGGAGUUGAUACAGCAGCUGGAAAACGUUCAAGAGCAACCAAGAACCAGAGAUGAAGAACUGAGGGAGAUGACACAACAGUUGACAAAUGCUCAAGGUCAGAUACAAGAGAGAGAUGGACAACUAACAGAAAAAGAUCGCCAACUAAGAGAGAAAGAUGAACAACUGAGGGAGAAGACGCAGCAAUUGACAAAUACUCAAGGGCAACUACAAGAGAAGGAUGGACAACUGAGGGAGAAGACACAGCAGUUGAAAAACGUCGAAGGGCAACUACAAGAGAGAGAUGGACAACUAACAGAAAAAGAUCGCCAGCUAAGAGAGAGAGAUAGACAACUGAGGGAGAUGAGAAAUGGGUUGACAGAUGUUCGGAGGCAGCUACAAGAAAGAAAUGGACAACUAAGAAACAGAGAUGGACAAGUUGCUGAGAUAACAAAGCAGUUAACAGGUGUCCGAGGGCAAUUACACGAAAAAAAUGAAGAAUUUACUUCGUUGGAAAGACUGCUGAGGGCCAAACAGCAAGAGAUAGAUGAGCUGGAGACGUCUCUUUCAGCAGCCCAAAGGGCGUUAAAUGAACGUUCACGCCAUCAGACUCCUGAUUGGGUCAUUCCACGCGAUCAGAUUCAGCUGACGGACAAAUGCCUUGGAAAGGGAGGCUGGGGAAGUGUUCUCGAAGGCAAAUACUGUGACUGUGCUGUCGCCGUCAAACAGAUGUACGAGUUGAUACUUUCUGAUCACAACCGUAGAUUGUUUGAGCGAGAGAUGAGCAUUGCCGCCAGAUGCCGCCAUCCUUGUCUGCUGCAAUUCAUUGGGGCAACAAACGAUGAAGGAAGUCCUUUGUUUGUAACAGAGCUCAUGGAAUCUAGUUUACGAGCACUGUUAGAACAGCGGCCUCUUUCUUCACUUGAAGUGUCUGUCAUUUCUCUAGAUGUGGCUCGAGCAUUAAACUACCUUCACCUAAAGAAACCAUCCCCCAUCAUUCACCGCGACAUCAGCAGUGCCAAUGUGUUAUUGUGGCGGCAAGCUGACCAAUGGCGAGGCAAAGUGUCAGAUUAUGGCACGGCUAAUGUUUUGCAGCAGACCAUGACAGUUGGUCCAGGUGCUUUGAUAUACAGUGCACCUGAAGCGCAUACUAAACAUCAAACCGUCAAGGUUGAUGUGUACAGUUUUGGAGUUCUCCUCUGUGAGAUUUGCAUCCGGGAACUACCGGAUCCUGACAGGCGCGACGAACAAGUUGCCAGGGUGACGAAUGGCGUGCUUCGAGCUCUCAUUCGGGGAUGCCUGCAACAAGAUGCUGAUGUAAGACCAAGUAUGGAAGACAUCGUUGAUGAACUCGAACGACCAAUGUAAGAUUGGUUUUGAAAUGAAACAUAACAACCUUCGAUCUAAAAUGGCCUGUGUAAACUGGCUUUUUCUUGGCUCAGUGCAAAUAUGCUUUCUUGUAUAAGACUUGCUUUUGAGAUGGUGAACGUUUCAU